AUGUCUCCCGCAUUUAGUUCUCCCGCGGCUGGACUACGAUAUCAACAUCACACACUGAAUAAGGAGAAUCUUCUUAACAUCAAAGAAGGUUCUCUCAAUAGGUUGCGGGCUCUGGUGACUGCUAAAAAGUCACUAGAGAAAAAGCUGAAGCGGCUUACCGAUAACUCUUUGUUUCGGUUAAGUCCUUCACGCUUUCUGACACCUAAGACAUCUGUUUCUGGCGAUCCCCCAUCUAUCGAGCGAGUAGAAGCUUUCUGGUCCGAGUUGUAUGGUGAUCAACCAGACGUGAAUCGUGACACUCCAGCUCUCAACGACUUCGAGGCAUUUUGUCGCCGCCACCGAAACGACAAUGCUGAUGAAGAGAGCCCUGAAGUCAGCGUGGAAGAAGUUCGUUUGGCUCUGAAUAAUGGUAAGAACUGGGCUGCUCCGGGUCCGGAUGGCAUUAACUUGUUUUGGUGGAAGAAACUUACUUCUACCCACAGCCAUCUGGCCCGGAUAUUUACAGCGUUUAUCAGAGGCAACGAACCUAUUCCGUGCUGGCUUGUAGAAGGGCGAACCGUGCCUAUCACCUGUUUAAAUGCGGUUUAUAAGAUUUUCACCAAAAUCUUGAAUAAUCGCAUUCUACAGGAGAUAGAUCCUGUAUGGCAGCAGAUAUACGAACAACGUGGCAGUAAAAGAGGCUUGUCAGGUUGCAAAGAGAAUCUGUUAGUAGAUCGUUGUGUCAUUCAAGACGCGGUCUACUAUCAGCGCAACCUGUCAAUGGCCCGGAUUGACUACCGUAGGGCAUUUUACUCAACAUCUCAUGAGCUCAUUCUCUUUUUGCUUAAAUGCCUCGAGGUCAAUCGCGAUAAAGUGGGGUGCAUUUAG